AAAUGACCUAUAGCGGGGUACAGAAAAAAACUGACUUUCCCUCCUCAUGUAGCGCCAGUUUCAACUAAUAUGCUUGGAAUCUUCUCUUCUUCACAUUGUCCUUAUAAAAGGGCUAGGAGCCACCGAUCAACUAAACCUCCCCUUAGAAAAGUUAAAUUCUUUUCUUUUUGAGGAUACAAAAAAAACUAUCAAUCAGCUCCAUAAGCAAAAGAAAAGGCAAAAUCAAAACCACAGGCUUAUAACCAGCUGAACCCAGAAAAAAAAAAACAACAAUGACCACCACAAGAAUGUUGCCCUCUUAUAGGCCUAUGCAUCAUGUUCAUCCUCCUGGGUUAGCUUCUUCAUCUGUUUCCACGGUGAAAUGCAUUGGCAAGACCUCAGGUUUGGGCGGAGAGAAGAUGGUUUCAUCAGGAGAUUGUGACAAAAAGAAACCAAAGAUAGCCGUUAAAGCAUCCGUGGCCACUACAAAGAGCUUGAUCACUGCAGAGCAAGUGGUUGAUCGGGGAUUAAUUGAUCUUGCUUCUUUGCUUGCAAUUGUUGGCAAUGCUUUGGUUAAGGUAUUGAGACCUGCUGUGAAACGAAGGCAGUGGAAAUUACAGGCUCAGAUGCUACUUGAAAAGGCUGUACUGGAUUGCCGAUUCUUUACUUUAUUAGCCGUAGGGGGAUCCUUGCUUAGUUCGGUGCUGUGUUUUGUGGAGGGCUGUUUUCUCAUUCUGGAGUCAUAUUUUCACUAUUUCAGUUCGCUAUCUCACAGUUCAGAUCAAGGACACAUAGUGCAGCUACUUAUAGAAGCCAUAGACAUGUACUUGGUAGGAACAGCCAUGCUUAUUUUUGGGGUUGGGCUGUAUGCCAUCUUUGUGGGAUCAAAGGGUUCAAAAGGAAAUGGACAAUGGCUGCCAGAAUCGAACUUAUUUGGGCUCUUCUAUCUGAAGACUCUUCCAACAUGGGUGCAAGUAGAGUCAGUUUCCCAAGCCAAAUCAAGAAUCGGGCAUGCUGUUAUGAUGAUACUUCAAGUGGGAUUGUUGGAGAAAUUCAAGAAUAUACCUGUUGUUACUAGUUUGGAUCUUGCCUGUUUUGCUGGAGCAAUCAUGUUUUCCUCAGCUUGUAUAUUCCUUCUCUUGAAACUUUCUGUUGGUGGCAUUGCAGGGGAUAGCAGGUAGCUAAUAAUGAACGCUUUAUAUACUGUGGCACACAAAUAACUUCCAAGAAGGAAUCAGAAAUUCUUUUGUUGGUCAAACAUAUUUUUUUGUAUAUUCUGCUGUGUUUAUAUAAUAGAAUUUAACCAAAUCAAGAACAAUUGGCUACGUAUUCUUAGCCUGGAUGUUUUGAUUGGAACUUUACUAUUUAGGUAGAGAUCCGAGAAUAUGUAAUACAGCAAAUGUAGACAAGUUGUUAUUCUUUUUA